GCAGGCGCAAGGCGGCAUCGAUGCUGUGAGGAGGAGGAGGAGGCGGAGGAGGYGGCGAUGGCGCUCAACAAGAACCACUCGGAAGGCGGCGGCGUCAUCGUUAACAACAGCGAGAAUGUUUUGAUGACCUAUGACCAUGUGGAAAUUACCUUCAGUGAUCUGGAGCCGAUGCCAGAUGCCUUCAAAGGGACCAAGAAAGGCAGUGUUUUCCUGACUCCCUACCGGGUUAUCUUUGUAUCGAAGGGGAAGGAUGCUAUGCAGUCAUUCGUGAUGCCCUUUUAUUUGUUGAAGGAUUGUGAGAUUAAGCAGCCAGUGUUUGGAGCAAAUUAUAUCAAGGGCACAGUGAAAGCAGAGGCAGGAGGUGGCUGGGAAGGAUCUGCCACGUUCAAGAUGACCUUUUCRGCUGGGGGUGCAAUUGAAUUUGGGCAGCGGAUGCUGCAGGUGGCAUCACAAGUCUCCAGAGGUGAAAUUCCCAGUGGAGCCUAUGGCUAUUCCUACAUGCCCAAUGGAUCCUAUGCUUUUGCACCACCUGCAGCUAGCGGGGGCUAUCCAUACCCACCACCUCCUCCAGAUUUUUAUCCUGGUCCUCCUGUGGCAGAUGGAAACAUGGGCUACAUGCAACUUCCACCCCCACCAUACCCAGGGCCCAUGGAACCRCCCCCUGUCAGUGGCCCAGACCUGCCCUCCACUCCUGCAGCUGAAGCCAAGGCUGCUGAAGCUGCUGCCAGUGCUUACUACAGCCCAGGCAACCCCCACAAUGUCUACAUGCCCACGGACCAGCCACCUCCUCCUCCAUACUUCCCACCAGAGGACAAGAAAAACCAAUAAGCUGACACAGAACUUCUCCACAACUCGUUGCUUUCUUUUUUUUCCAUUUUGGCAGAAUUCUGRGGCACGGUCCAUAGCACUGAGGARUAGAGCCUUCCCCCAAGGCACACUGCUUUCAGGGGCUCUAGUUGUAGGUCUGUGCAGAGUAAAGGGAAGGAUUUUGGCAGCCUGGGUCACMUCUGGAGCUCUGAGGGUUUGCUGUCCUGCAGCAUUCCCUCCUCCCUGUGCGCAGCAUUGCUACAGCUGGGGGUUCUCUUCAUCCGUGCUUACUUCCCUUAGCUCUGUUUCUUCUGAUGCUUAAAUUGUACCUCUUUAGAGUCAGCAUCUGYUCCAAAAUGCUAAUUAAUAUGAUCAUGACAUGGAAACAAGGCUCUUGAGGUGGGAGGUAUCUUGGAUUUACCUUAGUGUGCACCCAAGAGCACUUCUGGACAGAGGGAUGCCUCUGGUUAUUCCUUUCAACCCAGAGURUCACAUCCAACGCUUUGCUCCUGAGAAAGAUCUUAAAUGGAACCUUUGGGAUCUCAAAGGAAAUACACACUUAGGACAUUUUUCAGAUAUGUAUUCAAAUUUCUUGGGUUUGUUUUUUUCAGUCAAAAUCACUCCUGACAAUCGUAACAAAUAAUCUGGUAGCCCUUCAAAUUUCCCUGCUGCGCACUGUGUGACAACGCUGAGCAACUUCCCUUCGUCAGACAUUGCUCUUCACAGGGUUCUCCAGUAGCAUCUGACCAGUUUAAAUCCCAUGGGAACACUAAUGCUUCUGUUGUCUCURUUUUCCAGUUAGAUAUGUGAGUUCACUAAAUCCCAAAUGCUCUCUUCAUAGUCCACAAUGCACUUUUGUUUUUCCUUCGUUGUAACGAGUUACACUUUUUGGCCAGUGAAGUAUCCUCCUGCUGUGAUUUACCUGGUGAAUUAACAGCUAAUGGGCAGAAAGUAAUUGCUUUACUUCUGCCCUGGAAGCACUUGAGAGAAUAUGCAAAACAUUGGAAUAAGCUGUAAGGUACAAAGUGUUGUUUAUUGCUGUUUGCAUUCCUGGUCCAGCUGUGAAUUCCCAGCCACCUGAACACGGACUCCUCAUAGCGUUGAUUCCUUGGUCUCACUAGCAACAAUUCCAGUGCAGAACCUCUGCAGGACUGAUCAGAAUCUGGGCUGUGAAACUUUUGUGUUGUACAAAGCUUUGCACAAGUCACACUUGACUGACUUCUGACAGCUGAGAGAGAAAAUCAUUCCCAGCAAAGUGUGACAGAAGAUCCUGUGCUAGGGAACUGCUGAGACUUGCUGCAUGCAGCCUGCUUGGAGAAAAGAAAGGUCCACCUCUUGUUUUCUUUUUGUUUGAAUUUAGCUGAAUAAUGAAAUUGCUACUGUUUGUGCACUGACUUUUCUAGAAUUGCUACUGCGAUGAUGUAAAAAAUGGUUAUUUAAAAAAAUAUUUAUUUUGAAAGCAUUUGAUUAAUAUAUUAAUGUGAAAUGACUUUUGAAUGCAGAUUUGUUUUGCCAAGACUGUGAAGUAAAGAGAAAUCAGCUCAAAAUUUGGGGUGUGU